UCUAUAAAUUUCUCAGGUUAUCUCCGAGCCAUACUGUUAAAUUCAAAGCCGAUCUCAGAAUCAUACACGCCGUGCGCAAGAGAGAAAAUUCGCUGAGAAUCACGGUGUGGCUUCCGUUCGUCGCGAUAAGAUAGGAGCGACGCGCGCGCGCAAAUUGCGAAUGCAUCGUACGCCGCGUCGGUCGCGUCAAUGUAAUGAUGGCGGAGCUGAAGGCGUGGAGGGGAGAGGAGAGAUCAAGUUCCCGCGUGGUCUACAUCGGAUGGGUUGCGGAACGCGCGGCGUGCGUGCUACGCGUCCUGCGUGCCUGGGUCCCGCGCUCGCGCGUCUCACCUCCAUCCUCGGUACUACUACGAUGCGCCAGAGCGGUAUCAGGCGUAACCUCGCGACUUGUGGAAGUUUUAUUAUUUUUCACGGCGUCGCGGAUAUCUGCGGAGUGGAAUCGACCAUUCGGGAACGUACGGCACGGUUUCACAUAUAAGUCUCACAAUGAAGUUCACUGAGGGUGAAGAGGUUCUUGCCAAACAUCCGAAUACUUCCGAAUAUUAUAAAGGAAGAAUUCUCAAUGUCAGAGGUGAUCGAUAUAAGAUACAAUUUGAAACUGGUGUUGAAUAUACAGUUAGAGAAAAUGAUAUAAAGGCUGAGAGGUCAGGAAGAACUGCAGUCAGAACAAGCAGAAGAACAGGGAAAAGCCCUUCGAGAUACUCGCCUAGCAGAAAAUCACCGAGCAGGCGAUCGCCAGCAAGACAGGCAGCCAAAUCGCCUGGAAGAUCUCCAACCACAUCUAGGAAAUUACCCAUUCGUAGCACACGUCUCGCUAAGAUAUCUUUAUCUCGCAUAGACGUUGAAGACAAAGCGAGCAAUCAUAAAGGAAGCGACGCAAAGACACUGGAUGAGAGUCCUGAAGCAUUGCCUCUGCAGAUGCGCCUGAAGAGAGAAGUUAUGUCGGUAACACGUAGACCGACGCUUUUGAAGACUGAGCAAGAAUAUAAAACUAUAACGAGAAGCAUCGACAGAGCCGUUUCGCUUCCAUUGGAGAGAAAAAAUUACGUACAAGAUUAUCCUCCGGGUGAAAAAGAAAGAGGAUAUUCCAUGCAAAGAGACCAAGAUGUGACAAAACCUUUGCAAGAAAAUGAGACAGAUGUGAAACGUGAAAAAGAGAUAAACAGAGUUGACAAACCACAAGAAUGGGGUGGAUGGAUCGGGACAUGUCUUCUUGUAUUUAUAUUACCAUUGUCUGUAAUCUUACCACAACUCUUGUGCUCGAAAGGACAAUGCAAAACUGCACUUGUAAAACUUUCUGUUGAUUGGAAGUCCUAUAUAAAUUUACAUUCAUUGUCCUAUGUUGCAUUUUUAAUAUUAUUGGCUUGUAUUUCAAUUAUACCGAUUGGGAAAACUAUAGAUGGACAACAAAGUAAAACUGGGAGACUUCAGUAUCGUGUAAAUGGCUAUUUGAGCGCUAUAAUAACGGUAAUUGGACUUGGUUUAUGCAUAUAUAUGAAUAUACCAAUUAGUGAUUACAUCCUGAAUAAUAUCGUGCAAUUGUCAAUCAGUGGCUGGAUUGUGGGAACGAUUUUAGCUGUGGGAUUAUAUAUUAAGGCAGGAAAAGUUUCAGUGAUUAACCUGAAUAUAUAUGCAUCAACUAACAGCAAGAUAUAUAAUUUUUGGCAGGGCAGAGAAAUUAAUCCGCGAAUUGGCACUUUAGAUAUUAAACUACUGUUAAUAAGAGCUUCUCUCAUUGGCACGUUAAUUGUAAAUAUAGCCGUUGCUAUUAAAGCUGUUGGCGACGUAAAAAAUCCAAAUAUUGAGAAACUUGAUGUAGUUACAUUGUUAGCUGUUUUACUGCAGCUAUUCUAUGUUAUACAUGGAUUAAUAUACGAAGCCUCUAUCUUUACUUCUUUUACAAUAAUGUAUGAGGGAACUGGAUAUAUGACGUGCGUUAGUAACUUACUGUACCCAUUCUUAACGACUCUCACCACAAGAUACAUAUUGUACCAGAAGCUGAAACUUAACUAUUUCACUGGUAUAUCUGUUCUGAGUUUCGUAAUAGGAUAUGCUUUGUAUAGGAUCAGUAAUUUGCGUAAAGAUGAAUUCAGGAAGAAUCCAGUUUCGCCGACAGUACCUUAUUCGGAAACUAUCCCGACAUCACGUGGAAAGAAAUUGAUGUUGUCUGGUUUAUGGAGUUAUGUGAGACAUCCUAAUUAUUUGGGUGACAUUAUAAUGCAAUGGUCUAUCGCUAGCAUUAGCUUGAUAUAUGACAUUCUACCAUACUAUACGGCAAUUUGCUGCACGUUAGUGCUUGCUUACAGAGCCGUGAGAGACAAUAGACGUUGUCAAAUGCGUUACGGAUAUGCAUGGGAGCAAUACUGUUCGCGUGUGAAGUACAUGAUCUUGAAGCGUGUAUUUUAAGACAAUAGAACACGUAGUGAGGUAUUUUUGAAUACCAAAAUUCUAUAUAUCAGAGUUUAUUGCAAAAGUAAUGCUCAUUACAUUUUAUAGGAUCUCUAAUCGUGCAUUUGACAUUAUUUUUAUGAAGUAGAGUGAUAUAGAAGUAUUAUAAAGUACACAAAUAUAGAAUCAGAUAGGAGCCAAAAAUAUUUUGAUAAAUAUUGAUGAGAGAUUUCACAUGAGAGAGAAAAAGAGAAUAUAUAUAUAUAUAUAUUUAAGUUUAGAAUAUGAGAGAAUCUCCAUAUGUGAUGAGAAGCGAACAAAACGAUACCGUUUUGAUAAAGAGAAGAUCUUACGUAUUUGUAGGAUAAGUAUAUUAUAAAUAAGUAUAUAUAUAUAUACAUAUAGAGUAUAUUUGUUAAGACAUGUGCCUGUAAUAUCGAGCAUUACAAACUUGAAAAUACAAAUUAAUUAAGCAAUUUUAUACUUUUAUAUAUUAGACAUGCAUAAGUGUACAAUCUUAUCAUAUAAUUAUUAUAGAGAUUAUCAAGCAAUUUCCUUUAAAAAAACAUUCUUAAAUAAAAUAUAUUCUCGUCUAUUUUUUCUCGAGUUUAUUUUGUAAUUUUAAUAUAGUUCUGAACACACAUGGACAUAUAAUCUUAGUUUGGGAUUAUGGAAUCUAUAUGUAAUGGUUACGUAUAGCUAUAUUUUUAGACUAGAUAGUCUAAUAUAUAAGUCACAUAUGAAGCAACAUCAUAGAAUUAUUGCUCUAAAUUUCUAAAUUAAAUUAACAAGUUGCUGUUAUAAAAAAGCUACAAUUUAAAGUGGCUACAAAUAAGAAAAUAUUACUGUAACUUUUAACUUAUUAAACAAAUAGGGUUAAAAAAUAGAUGGAUUGUUAACGAUAUAAAAAUAAGUAAUAUAUUUGUACACUUAUUUUUUAUUAAACUGCUCGUAUACAUGUACAUCUAAUUAUAAAAAAACAAUCACGUUAAAUUGGAUUGUUAAAAAUAUGUCCAUUCGAUUCAUUCGUCUGUAACAUAAUUAUCAAACAAAAGUUUGAAUGUUCUCACACUGUAAUUCAUUAUGGACUGGUUGUUCCAACUUCUUGAUAAACUUAUCUAUCAAGCAAAUAUGUGUCUGUCUUUAUUUAUUUAGAAAAAAAUGAAGAUAGAUGCAUGUUUAUCUGAUAGGUAAGUUUACCAAGAAGUUGGAACAACCAGCCCUAUGUAUCUUAACCAAUCGAUAAUAGAAAAUAUUCUCUAUUUUACAUGUUCUGUCUAAUAAGUACUACUUCUAAAAAUAAAGGUUUGUCGAAAUGUUGCACGUACGACUCUGUAAAAUCACAAAAAAAAAACAAAUUUCUGUAUGUUUGUAAAUCUAUUCACGGUUUAUUUGCGGAUUAUUAUACAUAUUAUAUUUUAUAGCUAUAUUUGUUUCUUAAAAUUAUAUUUAGAAAUUGUCGUUAAGCCACAAAUGUAUUCUCUACACAUGACAUUCUUCGAACAUUUUAUUGCACGUUUAAAAAAAAUAUCUGAAGUUUGUAAACUAGGAUGAUAUCUUAUAUAAUCCAUAUUUGCAAAUUGUACUAUUAAAAGUGACAAUUAUAAAAACAAUUAUAUAAUAUAUA